AUGUUGGACAAUGAUACAUCGCAAUUCCCAGCAGGAUCAUUAGCAAAGACAGUCACAGACAUGAUGUUAUCAUGGAAGGGAGUCGUGUGUCUGCUGUUUGGGUUAAUCAAAGACUUCUCCAACGCUCAAGGAGACAACUGCCCUGGUGAGUACAGCUUGAUAUCCUUAGCUGCCCUAAACAUUCAAUGACCAUCUUCAUACCAGGAAGUAGCCAAACAGAUGGAAUUGUCUAAAAUGGAGAAGAAGAGAGUGUUGAGAGAUCUAAAAUUACCCUGGGUGAGCAUAUUCCAGAUUAGUGUAAUUCAUUUUAAGGAGAUUCUCCAAAUGGUAGGGGACAUUAUUUCACCUGCGUUGCUCUGAAGGCAUCACAGAAUCAUUUCUCACCCAGUCUGUCACUGAAAGGAAUAAGGUUAAAAAAAAUGUUUUAAUAAUUUUCAUAGUAAGGGCAGCUGAGGUACGGAAUUUACUGGCUAAUGACAUAGUCGAUGAGCUCGGUAUUUGAGAUAAAGUAAUUUCUCUUGUAGUACACAACAGUCUAUUGGAUUAUAAUAAUAUUAAUAGCAAAAUAAUUUCCGUAGAGAAUGUGGAUCUAGAGAAAAGAUGAUUGCGUUAAAGUCAAUAUGCAUUUUAAAGGACCACUAUAGGCACCCAGACCACUUCAGCUUCAUGAAGUGGUCUGGGUGCCUGGUCACGAUAGGAUUAACCCCUUUUUUUAAUAAACAUAGCAGUUUCAGAGAAACUGCUAUGUUUACACUGAGGGUUAAUCCAGCCUCUAGAGCCUCUAGUGGCUGUCUCAUUGACAGCCGCUAGAGGCGUUUGCGUGCUUCUCACUGUGAAAAUCACAGUGAGAAGACACCAGCGUCCAUAGGAAAGCAUUGUAAAUUCUUUCCUAUGAGACCGGCUGAAUGCGCGCGCGGCUCCUGACGUGGCUAGGAAGAAGGAGAGGAGGAGGAAAUCUCCCUGCCCGGCACUGGAGAAAGGUAAGUGUUUAACUCCUUCCUCUCCCCAGAGCCCGGCGGGAGGGGGACCCUGAGAGUGGGGGCACCCUCAGGGCACUAUAGUGCCAGGAAAACAAGUAUGUUUUCCUGGCACUAUAGUGGUCCUUUAACCACCGUUGAGGCAGAAUUGGAAUUUGCUGCAUUUAUUUGCAUUACUUGUAGUGAAUACAUUUAGGAAUUUGUAGUAGUAAAGGCUAACAGUGAUAUAGAAAGGGUAGUAGAUACCCGGAAUAGCCUUCUAGUGGGAGCAGUAACAGUGAUAUAGAAAGGGUAGUAGAUACAUGGAAUAGCCUUCCAGUGGGAGCAAUAAUCGUGAUAUAGAAAGGGUAGUAGAUACCUGGAAUAGCCUUCCAGUGAAAGCAAUAAAGGCUAACAGUGAUAUAGAAAGGGUAGUAGAUACCUGGAAUAGCCUUCUAGUGGGAGCAGUAACAGUUAUAUAGAAAGGGUAGUAGAUACCUGGAAUAGCCUUCCAGUGAAAACAGUAACAGUCAUAUAGAAAGGGUAGUAGACACCUUGAAUGACCUUCCAGUGGGAGCAGUAAAGGCUAACAGUGAUAUAGAAAGGGUAGUAGAUACAUGGAAUAACCUUCCAGUGGGAGCAGUAACAGUGAUAUAGAAAGGAUAGUAGAUACCUGGAAUAGCCUUCCAGUGAAAGCAGUAACAGUGAUAUAGAAAGGUUAGUAGAUACAUGUAAUCGCCUUCCAGUGGGAGCAGUAAAGGCUAACAGUGAUAUAGAAAGGAUAGUAGAUACCUGGAAUAGCCUUCCAGUGAAAGCAGUAACAGUGAUAUAGAAAGGGUAGUAGAUACAUGUAAUCGCCUUCCAGUGGGAGCAGUAAAGGCUAACAGUGAUAUAGAAAGGAUAGUAGAUACCUGGAAUAGCCUUCCAGUGAAAGCAGUAACAGUGAUAUAGAAAGGGUAGUAGAUACAUGUAAUCGCCUUCCAGUGGGAGCAGUAAAGGCUAACAGUGAUAUAGAAAGGAUAGUAGAUACCUGGAAUAGCCUUCCAGUGAAAGCAGUAACAGUGAUAUAGAAAGGGUAGUAGAUACAUGUAAUCGCCUUCCAGUGGGAGCAGUAAAGGCUAACAGUGAUAUAGAAAGGAUAGUAGACACCUUGAAUGACCUUCCAGUGGGAGCAGUAAAGGCUAACAGUGAUAUAGAAAGGGUAGUAGAUACAUGGAAUAGCCUUCUAGUGGGAGCAGUAAAAGUGAUAUAGAAAGGGUAGUAGAUACAUGGAAUAACCUUCCAGUGGGAACAGUAACAGUGAUAUAGAAAGUGUAGUAGAUACCUGGAAUAGCCAUCCAGUGGGAGCAGUAACAGUGAUAUAGAAAGGGUAGUAGAUACCUGGAAUAGCCUUCCAGUGGGAGCAGUAACAAUGAUAUAGAAAGGGUAGUAGAUACCUGGAAUAGCCUUCCAGUGGGAGCAGUAACAGUGAUAUAUAAAGGGUAGUAGAAACCUGAAAUAGCCUUCCACUCAAAGCAGUAACAGUGAUAUAGAAAGGGUAGUAGAUACCUUGAAUAGCCUUCCAGUAGAAGCAGUAACAGUGAUAUAAUAAGUGUAGUAGAUACCUGGAAUAGCCUUCCAGUGGGAGCAGCAAAGGUCAACAGUGAUAUGUAAAGGGUAGUAGAUACCUGGAAUAGCCUUCCAGUGGGAGCAGUAACAGUGAUACAGAAAGGAUAGUAGAUACCUGGAUUAGCCUUCCAGUGGGAGCAGUAACAGUUAUAUAGAAAGGGUAGUAGAUACCUGGAAUAGCCUUCCAGUGGAAGCAACAAAGGCUAACAGUGAUAUGAAAAGUGUAGAAGAUACUUGGAAGCAGCAAAUGUUAACUAAGUAAAGCAAUUGAAAAAUGGUGUGUUCAGUAAAGCUAUUCAGAAGAAGAAACUAGGAUAGUCAUAGUGUGAGAUUUCAUAAUGUUACUUGAGACGAAUGGAAACAGUGGAGGAAUAUGCAACAAGAAGGUCAGAUUGGACGAAAGACGUAGAUAAAUGGGAGGUGAAGACUAGAGGGAAACCCACUCUUUUAGAUGCUAUGAAGAUUUGGAGAGGGGAACCAGAAAAGUCCAGGUAAAUGAAGAUCUGAUGAAGCGAAAGUGGUCACGGAGAGCAGGAGCCAACAUUGGGGGCAAUAUAAAGUAUCCAGUGCUGACCUGUGUCACAGUGUCUUUUAUGCCAGAAAGGUUGACCAGGUAUGCAUCAUAUUGCUACUCUUUAAUUCUUGUUUUUUGUUUGUAUUUUUCAUUCAGAUGUCAAACUCUUCGAAAUCGGGGAUGUAAAUAGAGUGGCUUUCAUGCAAGGAUGUCCUGGUUCUUCUGGGUUACCUGGUGAAAAAGGGGAACCUGGACCAGAAGGGCAAAAAGGUAACCCAACCACAAAGGCCUUGUACACUCUAGCCACAUGCUACUUGAUUUUUCAAAGCACACAGCAAUGUCAAACAGAAUCAACCACUGUUAAAGAGACCCUCCAAACAUCUAAGUGCUUUAGUUGCCGAAGUGGUUAUGCAUAAAGGGUGUAUACUAUUUUUUCAUUUUGCAAACAGUGCAGAUUUCAAUAGAAUUUAGCACUUUUAUAAAUGAACCUGGUUACAUCCCAUGGCUGUUAACCAGACAACAAGUCCUGUUAUUUCCAGGUUUGGUUAGCUUAGCAAAGCUAAACUCAAGAGGCAGCAAUUGCCCAGAGCACCUGCCUUGCACAGACUUCUCAUUGAGCUGCAUAGGAAAGUCUGUGAUUGGACAAUCACAGAGAGUCUGGGCGUGGUUAGAAGGGGAGGGCUUGUCAAGGCUGCAGACAAGAGAUCUGCAGCUUUUACAAUCUGUUUUUAGAUAAAGCCCCAAUGGAAAAAAAAAUGCAUAAUUAAAUGCAAGCAUAUUUUCAUUGGAUGCAUAUCAACUAAAUAGUGAUUUUCUAUUUUUUAUUUAUUAGGGCAGUGAAGUGUUCCUUUAAUUCUAUUGAACUUUAUAUUAGAUUGUUCUGACCUGUUGGUAUCAAACCACCAAUGACGUUACAAUGCAGGUUAUCAUCUAAGCUGCUGGAUUCCUCUAAUAGUUUAUGAGAUCCAAUUUCCUGAUCAUGUCAUAAUGUCUCUCUGUUAUUAAUAUCCAAAAUCUCUUAAUAUGUCUGCUUUUUGUUAACUAAUGGGUUUUCAUUUUAUCCAAUUAAAAAGGUAUUGCUGGACUGUCUGGAUUUACUGGACCUCCUGGUAUUAAAGGUAAUUAUUAUAUAUUUAUCAGAGAUCCAAUAUUACCAUAUUUAAUAAGGGUUUGUGAAACACCAGAUAUAUGAAUGUAAAAUUGAUGAAAGAAUUUAAAGGAACAUUGUAAGCACCAUAAUGUCAGUAAAGUUUUUAUAGUGUCCCAUGGCACUUUCUUUCUAUUCAGAAUUAAACCCUUUUCAAUGUUUUAAUGCUAAACAAUAGUCCCCAGCAGCCCCUCCCCUCUGUGGUGAUUGGGCUACUGAGAAAGCUUUAGCCUGAGCAGCAAUGGGUGGCUGUGAUUGGCUGAGAGAGUCAGCUGACUGCUGUCAACCUAUCACAGUGCCAUUGCUGGGAUGAACCCGUACGGCUACAAGGAAGUGUGCAAUCUCUGCCUUAGCCACACCUCCAAUAGGGGCCGGGUUGUGGGAAUGCAUUUAGUGUUAAACUGCUCAAUGAUUGUUUAAAACUGAAUGAAAGGAUUAAAUGUAGAAAUCCACACCUCUUUCUUGCAACCAUGGGCAUUACCUGUAUAUCAUUGUUUAAGUUUUGUCCUUUUCUCCUUGCAGUCAACAUAGAGAAAGCAUACAGAAAAGAUGAGAAAUUAAACAAUGUAUCUAUUUUUAUUCAUUUGCAUGAUAUGCCCUGGUUGCGAGUGGACUAAACUGGAUUAUGAUGUAAUUUGCUAAUAUAAUUUACACUAUACGCACCCAGAUCACUUUAUCUAAAUAAAGUGGUCAUGCAGUGGUUAGGGUGUCAUGCACUCAGGGCUGGAGCAAAGAUUUUUGACUACAGAGGCGAAGACACAUUUUGACGCCCCCUCACCUCUCUCCCUCAAAAAAUGCAUCUUCACCUCUGUGUCUCGUAGCCCUCCUUUUAAAUUUCUUACCCCCAUUAGUGUUUCAUAUCCACUCUCUUGAAUGUCUUACCCCUUUGUGGACCCUUUAGUGUAUCUCCUACAACCCCUCUUAUGUAUUUCUUACUUCAGCACCAGUCCCUUUCUGUCUCUUUCUCCCCUACAGCCCCUAUCUAUCUCUCUUUUUCUCCCAUAUAGACAUAGAUACAGGCAAAAAUACACAUAUGGACAAAUACACAACCAUACAGACACACAACCAUGCAAGCACACAUACAUAGUUUUUCAGGCACACAGUCACAAAGAUAUACAGACACACAGUCAUAAAAGGCACACAAACAAACAGUCAUACAAUCUGCACAUACAGGUACACUGUCAUACAAACACAGACAUACAUUCCUACAGACACAGGCACACAGAGAAAUACAGACACAGACAUAAAGAAACAUAGAGAUAGGCAUAUAGAGACAUACAUAUACAGUGAUACAGAGACAUACAUAUGCAGACAGUCAUAAAGAGACAUACAGACAAGGCAUACACAGACAUACAUACACAGACAAACAAAGAACCCUGCACAAUGAUACCUUGUAAAUACUCCAGCCAUCCACAGUGGUGGAUGCUCCGUGUCAGGUGGACAUCGCUGGAUCCACCAGUAAAGUCUUCAAAAGGAAUAAACGCAGGCAACACUCCAAUAGUAAGGAUGGUAUAUUUAUUGGUAGGUGAACCACCCCAUAGAAAGUGCAACGUUUCGGCUCUGCAGAGCUUUAAUCAUGCAAUAAGGCUCUGCUGAGCCGAAACGUCGCACUUUCUAUGGGGUGGUUCACCUAUCAAUAAAUAUACCAUCCUUACUAUUGGAGUGUUGCCUUUAUACUUUUUGAAUACAUACACAGACAGUCAUACAGAGGCAUAAAGAAUGUAUGGCUCUGUAUGACUGUCUGUGUAUGUAUGUCUGUGUAUGUGCACAGGGUGGCUAAAAGAUAGAUCCCCAUCUGCCGUGCAACUUCAACAAUGCUUUGAAAGCUGGGGCUCUACCGAUUCCUGACAGACAUACAGAUACACACAAACACUGACAGACACACAGAUAAACACACACUGACAGACAUACAGAUACACACUGACAGACAUACAGAUACACACAAACACUGACAGACAUACAGAUAAACACACACUGACAGACAUACAGAUACACACUGACAGACAUACAGAUACACACACACAGACACACUGACUAAACCCUCAUGAAGAGGCAGCCUACUAUCUAUGAGUCUAAUUAUUGACUAAUCACAAGUAUUCAUAUUCUUAAAACAGCUUGCUAUUCUCAGUGUCCCUUUGGCACUACCUCCCGUGAAGAUUCUUUUAAUGUUUCCGUUGGAACUCUUAUGGCUUAUUCUAGUAUUUCUUCUAAAUAUAUUUUGAUUUCAGGUAUAAAUGGACUUCCUGGUCUUGAUGGACUACCAGGUCUACCUGGACUCAAAGGUAAGUUGCUGAAGGUUCUUGCAGUCUUUCCUGGGUUUUUGGCAUGCUCCUGGUCUCAGCAAUACUUUGUAGUGGAUAAAAUGUAGGCUUUAAAAGAUAUGGCAUGGCAUGAUAUCUGAAUAGAUGAAAGAACAAAAAAAAAUUCAAAAAGAAUUGUCCUGAUUCCUUUGUGGAUUUCUGAAAUAAUUAGCUUUGUUGGUGACACUGGAAGAAAUCUAUUUAAAUAUGAUGUCUGGUGAAAAGGAUCACAUGGCCUCAUAACAUACUCUUUAAGAGUCUCCGUUGUUGACAGUGCUGGCUAGGAUAUUAAUUGAAUUAAUAUGUUGCAUUACACAUAACUUAACACAGUGUGGCGAAAUGUACCUUCCACUAUACUGCUUAUGUUUUAAACAUUUGUGCAUGUUCUAGCGGCAUUGGUUAUUUGUUUUUCAUUGCAUUCGGGUAGGGAAGGAAGGUUUUGGGUUAUAUGUCUGAGACAGACAUAAUUUACACAAUCCAGUGAUAUUUGGGAAUCUGCAAGCUACAAGCAAAUUUCUUAGAAACACCCGUAAGCAAAAUAUUUCAUGAUCCCGCCUGUUAUGUUUAAUGUUGAUAAUUGUCUGAUUUUUUUAUUAGGUAUUGUAAGCCAAAGGAUUCAGUAUAAUGUUUAAUCUCACCUACCUGAAUUUUUUUUCCAAAAGAAAGAAAAUGAAUGAAAUUUAGAGUUGUAUUUUUAUUUUAUUUAUUUUUUAAUUAUUCAACCAUGAAAUUAAUUUUUUGGCCAAAAUAGGCUAUAAACAUAUUGCAACUCAGCUACUUUUUUAUAUAAAUUGUGCUUUCCUCAUAAAAUUAAUACUCUCUGGUGAAUUCCCAGAAAUGACCAAUUUAGUGCAUAACUCUGAAAGUUUAGGUAAGUAUGAAACCAUAGAAUAAUUAAGAGAUGGACAUAUUACUAACAUGACCAUCGCAGAGUUUAUAAUAUCUACUCUAUGCUUCCCAGGUGACAGUGGACCCAGUGGAUUGCCUGGAGUUCAAGGUAAAGAAUAUUCACCCGACUAUUGCUUAAUAAAGAUAAUUCACAUCGGUUGAAUCGGUUUAACCAUUUCAAACAAUCACCCGAGUCCUUCUACCUUGUAGUUUGAAUGAAAUGUUGGAGUGCAUGGGGCCCUUUUGGGACAGGGUCCAGACUCACGUCUUCUUUAAAUGUUCUGUAUGGUGUUUUGCCCUUAAUGUUUUAGUAUGAGUUAAUGUCUGUGAGAUUUAAUGAAGGUAUUAUCCCAGACCUGUUACCCAGCUUGCUAAGUGCCCAGAAGGACAUGAUUCAGGGCAGUCCUUUAAAAGGUGGGGAGAUGAUUCCAGUUCUCCCUUCUUGUGAAGUAAGAUAAAUUUGGUUAGUUUCCCCUAUCAUUCCCUUAUAAUAUUUGGCAGAAGUUAUUACUGUAAGCAACAGAAAACAAUUGAAUUGUGUUUUUUUGGUUUCCACACGUUUAUCUCAUAUGGCCAUACGAGAUAAUCUGGUAAGCAUUAAUGAUGAUAAUGUAAAAGGAACUGCUGCCCAAGCUGAUAGCAGCCACACCAUAGCUGGCAUUAGUAGCCUAUUAAAAGCAAUAUUCAUGGUUUUAUGAAGGAGCUGUUAUGAGACGAGAGAUAGGGCUUGCAGAAUAUGCACAGGUCCAGGGUGCCGACAAAGUGAAAGUUCCUGAAUGGGAUGGGGAAAACAUGACCUUUGCUUGGAACAUAACAUCAGGAUGUAAAUAAAUUGUGUGGAAUGCGACAGUGAAUUGAUACAUAAAUAAAGAAUAUACCCAUAUAAAAGUGAUUCCAGCUGUCAAUAUAAGAGAAAACACUGACAUAGGGCAAUAUAGUUGUACACAGUAUCUAUUAACGCAAUAGAAGGUUAAUCAUUAUUGCAUCCCACUCACAUUUUAUAUGAACCUGUACAUGACUGGCUCAAGUAAACCAAUGUGGGAUGGUAAAGUUCCUUGAUUGAAUCUUCUGAUGUUGAAUCCUCCCAAAAUGAGAAUGACAAGCACCAAGUUAACAUAGAGUACACACAUGUAUUAAACAACAACGUAACAGUCUUAUAUUGCAGAAAGUAAGGUGUAGCAUAAAAGUCCUUCAAGUCCCAAAUAUACCACACCGUGUUUCAGCUGCUGUGCCUUCCUCAGGUAAAUAUUGACAAAAACAACGGCACUUCUCUUAUAUUGACAGCUGGAUUCACUGUCACAUACCACACUUAUUAUUGGUUUUAUGUGUUUAUGGUACACAAGUGCACUGCCCACCAUUUGUUAUUGUGUUUUUCAUCAUCAAUUUGCAAAAUGUAGUGGUCAAUUUCACAGUGGAGUUCAGCAGGACUGACUUGUCUUGUCCAUACAGCGCCUUUACGUUACUCAUUUUUUUUGUUUUUAUUGCAUGUAAAUAGAUUGUGUUGUAUGAUCAGAUUCUAUGAGAUGUGUGCAAAGUUUAUUAUUCAAUACUACAUUCAAUAAAUCUCUAUAGCAUUUCUAUAGUUCCAACAUAUUCCACAGUACUUUACUAUUAUAAAAAGGAGAUGUUUAUAGGUGAAGAAGACUAUGAUGAAACAAGCUUACAAUCUAUGAGGAUUUGAGGUAGGCGCACAUAUAUAUCGCUACAUGUUUUGCCCAAAUACACUUACUGGUGAGGUGGCCUGACCAGGAUUCAACCACUGCUGCAACAUCAUAAUAAGAAAAAUAUUAAUCUAUGUAACCAGAAACCAGACAUUAGUCUUUGCAUCAUACUUGGUCUUCAUAUCCCAUAAUUCAAAAUCAAGUAUGUAUAUGUUUCGAGAUUAAUUUACCACUCGAGAUUCAGUACAAUCUUGAAAAUGUAGAAGCUGUAUUUUUAAUGUACAUUAUAGCCCAGAUUUAUAUUCUAUAUUUAUCCGCACAGGUGAAAAAGGAGAUCUUGAGGAAUCAGAUUGCGUCAACGAAUCUAAAGGUAAGACUUUUUUUCUUUAAGUACAAUUAUAUAGAAUUCUAUAUGAGCCCCGAAAGUGUUCUCUGCAAAAAUGUGACAAUUUAUAAUUUCCAAAUAACCUGACUGCUGCAAACUUUGCAACUCACUUCACUGAUAAGAUUUCUGCAAUCGGGGAAUAGAUCUCUAACCUCUCUGUUAACUAUACCAAUACUUCCCCCAAGCCCGUUCCCUCCUCUGUUUUAUGCUCACUCGCAUCUGCUAUGCCAGAAGAGGAUUUUACUCUUCUUUGGUCCUCCUGCCCCUCCACCUAUUCUCUUGAUCCUAUUCCCUUAUAUCUCAUUCCUGCUCUGUUUCCUUCUCUUUCUGUGCCCCUCACUAAAAUUUUCAAUCUCUCAUUCUCCUCUGCCAUAUUUCCUUUAAGCAUGCAACUGUAAUCUUGAUCCUAAACAAGUUGACCCUUGACUCUGAUUCCCCAUCCAACUACCACCCUACAACAUAUGCCUCCAAUAUCCUUGAGAGAGUUGUGCAUGCGAGAUUGACCUACUCAACCUUAAAUCUAAUCAGUAUGGAUUCUGCGUCAAUACGGCCCUGACCAAAGUAUCCAACAAUUUAAUUGCUGCUAAAUCCAGUGGUCACUACUCUCUUCUAAUUAUCCUUGAACAUUCUUUCAAUCAUCAACAACUUCUUCUCAUCCUCGGUAAUCUUGGUCUACAAGAUACUGCUCUCUCCUGGUGCUCCUCCAACUCUUCCAGUGCUCUUUCAGUCUUUCUUAUUCUGACAUUUCCUCUUCUCCUGAAUUCCUUUAUGUGUGUUUCCACAAGGUUCUGUCCAUGAUCUCCUACUGUUCUUGAUUAAUACUGUCUCCCUUGGUAAACUCAUCAGCGUCUUUGGCUUCCAAUAUAAUUUCUAUGCGGAUGACAUGCAAAUCUACCUGUCCUCUCCCAUGCCUCAGACAGCCUCUCUGCUAUUCCUAACUGGACGGCUGCUCAUUUCCUUAAAUUUAACCUGUCCAAAGCAGAACUUCUCAUCUCUCCUCCCUCAAGUGUUUCUACUCCUAUGUCUGUCUCCCUUAAAGUCAAUGGCGAUUCCAUCCGCUCUACCUCGUGGGAUCUCUGCCUAGGUGUUCCCUUUGACACCAACCUCUCCUUCACCCCUCAUGUUCAGUCAAUCAACAAAUCCUGCUGCUUCUUUCUCAAAAACAUAGCUCAUCCCAUAUCUAACAUCAGUGGCAACUGAGGUGCUUGUCCAAUGUGCAAUUCUCUCUCGCCUUGAUUACUGCAAAUCGCUUCUCGUUGUUUUACGCAUUCUCACUUUGCCCUACUAUAAUCUAUAAUGAAUGCGGUGGCGAGCCUCAUCUUCCUGUCCACCUGCACCUCCCAUGUCUCCCCCUCUGUCAGUCCUUACACUGGCUUCCCAUAAGAUUUGGGGCUGAAUUAAAAAUUCUGGUACUUGCUUACAAAUCUCUAAAUAAAUAACACUGCUCCUACCUACUUAUCCUCACUAAUACACAAGUAUGUCCCAUUCAGCCCCUACACUCUGGCUGGACCUAUGAAACCCCCCUUCAAGACUUCUCUAGGGCUGCAGAGUUACUAUGUAACUCCCUUCCCUGCUCCAUUCUCUCACGCUGUCUCCAUUCCUUUAAACGAUUGUUGAAAAUUAAUUUCUUUAGGAAAGCAUAUCAAUUAAACUGCCUUCCCUCCCUUCAUCUUAGUAACCGACCUUGCUUCCUCUCCUGCAACUGUGUCAUAAAAAAAACAAAAAACUAAGCAUUCAUUGUAAACAGCAACCUACUUUUCCCGUACAUUAAAUACAUCCUUCCCUUAUCUCUUGUGUCUCUAUACCCCAGCUCUCUCUAGAAUGUAAGCUGGUUUGAGCAAGGCCCUCAACCCUUAUGUUCCUGUGCGUCCAACUCAUCUUGUUGCAAAUACUUGUCCAUUAGUCCACCCAUUGUACAACGCUGAGGAAUUUGUUGUGGCUUUAACAAUAAUACUAAUAAUUAUUUAUAGUUUCAUUAAUAAAUUGCAGAAAAAAAACAUUAAUAAUAGUAAAUGUUUCCAUGUUGGUUAUUUUGGCCUAGAUUUUAAUACAAGCCACAGGACAUUUCAAGAAAAAGCAUCCACUGUUUUUCAAUAGCAUUUGUGUAGUCUGCUUUUUGAGAAAUCCAGUAUGAGUUGUAUCUGUUUUUCUUUUAGGUCCUCAAAAUUGUUUAGAACUUCUCAACAGCGGUUUCACUCUUACUGGCUGGUACACCAUAUACCCAGAGGAGGGGAAACCGCUGACUGUUCUAUGUGACAUGGAAACUGAUGGUGGAGGAUGGAUUGUAAGUACUGAGACUUAAACACACACAUUCUUCUUAGGAGAGCAGUUAUAAGAAAAUGGUGAGGGGAGGACCUAUCAAAUUCUAUGUGCAUGAACAUUGCUCCUACCUACUUCCUCCCUAUUUCCUCCUACCAGAUGGUAAAGCUUCCAUGUCUUACUUUGCGAUUUUGUCUGAAGAUAUGUCUUGUGAUAUGUGAUCUAUUUCACUGCAUACUUAUUGCACAAUGUACUUAAAAAGGACAUAUGAGCACCAUAAAAACUUCAUCAGAACAAAGUUGUUAUGGAGCCAGGACAUCUUUGGUGCCGGCUUAUCUUUAAGGGUUGAACCAUUCGUCCAGUUUAAAGAAUCUCAGACAAGCAGAAGGACAGUGCUGAGCUAAAUGGCGCUGGAGAGAAGACAUUGGGAUUAAUCCAUUUGUGAACAAUUUAAUUCCUGAAGGUAAGCCAGCACAAGGGUCCUCCUAGCACCACAACAACUUGAUUCUGAUACAUUUGUUAUGGUGUCCAGAGUGUUCCGUUAACUUAACAAGCAAUGGUAUUACAAAAUGUUCAAAAUAGGUAAACUUAAAUGUAAACUAGUUAACCUCGUCUAAUGUUUUCUUGAUAUUGGGUUUGCAAAGUGUCAAUAAUAAAUAUUAAUUCUGCUUGAUCCAGAACAUUCAAAAAAAUAAAUCUAUUCUUUCUCUUUCAGGUUUUUCAGAAACGAAGUGACGGCUCUUUGGAUUUUUUCCGGGACUGGGAAAGCUACAAAAAAGGGUUCGGCAGCCAAUUCAGUGAAUUUUGGCUCGGAAACAAUAACAUCCACCGUCUAACAGCAAAAGGUAAAAUAUCAUGUUCGCAUCUAAAGCUCACUUUCCUAAAUGCCAAAAGAGAUAAGAUAAAAUUGGUGAAAUUUAGGUAGUCAGACCGAAAACUUUUUUUUUUCUAAGUCGUGUGCCUACUUUGCUUUUGGCUAAAUCUGCCAAAUCAGCCACUCUUACAUCUGAAAAUUAUAAUAGAAUUGUGUAUUUUACCUAUAACAUUAAUAUAUAUAUUUACAUUGUAGGUAAAGCAGAAAUGACUCCUGGGAAAAAAAAUGUAGACAGAUCCCUGAAGCUUAAAAACUGUAUGCAUGUUCUGUAAAAUAUAUAUAAAAAAUAUUAAUAUCAAAAAUCAUAUGAAAUUAUAUAUUCACUAUUUUAAUAUAUACAGGCACUCCUUACUUACCAACCAAGUUCCGUUCCUACGACUAGGUCAUCAAGCAAAUUGGUCUGUAAGUAAGGACCCCUCAGACCGACGUGACAACCAAGUCUCCUAUACGCUAGAGAGAAGGUUUAUGUUCAUGUUCGGGGAAUUCCCUUGAACAUAGACCAGUUCACUAGUGUGGAGAAUCCCUCAAAUCUAUGUUCGGGGAAAAUUCCCUUAAACAUAGACCAGCGCGUUAGCACAGGGAAUUGAGGAAACAUAGAACAUAGAUUUGAGGGCAUUCCCGGGACUCAGAUUCGGGGAUUCCCCACUCUAUGGAGUUGGUCGUAUGUCUAAGCAGUCAUUAAACUGGUAAGUCGUUAACUGAGAAAUACCUGUAAUUUUAAUAAGACACGUGCUUGUAUUUUAUAUAAUUUAUGCUGAAAAUAGAAAUAGCAUGCGCGAGCUUUGAGCUGUUCCUGUUUUUCUCAGGAGCAUGAGAACCAAGCUAAUCAACAGAGAAAUGCCCGGUGGGCCGCGGUGGCCGUGGGGCCGAGGCCGGCAGGGAGAUCACAGGAUCUCUCCUGCCGGUCUUUGCAGGGCCGGCGCUAUCUGAACGCCGGCCCUGCAGUAGUCUACAGCGGGCCGGUGGGGAGAUCAGAGAUCUCCCUCACCGGCCCACAUGCAGGAUAGUGCGGCCGCCGGGGGAGAGAGGGAGGGAGCCAGCCUGCCAGCAGAGGAACCCGGCGGAGCUUUAACUUACAGCUCCGCCGGGUUCCUCUCGCGAGAUUCGGAGCGUUGCCAUGGCAACGCUCCGGGUCUCGCGAGAGUGAACUCUAGCCCAACAGGCUAGAGUUCACUCACCACUUGGACCACCAGGGAUGGAUGGUGGCAGGAGUAGCAGGAUCCCCCCUCCCAGGCAUAAGGUAAGCAGGGAGGGGGGAUAUCAGCAGGGCACAUAACACUCCCAGCACCCUCACUCACACACACACACUGCACCCCUGACACUCACACACACACACUGCACCCCUGACACUCACACUCACACACACACACACUGCACCCCUGACACACACACACACACACUGCACCCCUGACACUCACACACACACACUGCACCCCUGACACUCACACUCACACACACACACACUGCACCCCUGACACACACACACACACUGCACCCCUGGCCUCACUCACACACACACACACACACACACACACUGCACCUGACACUCACACACACACACACUGCACCCCUGACACUCACACACACACACACUGCACCCCUGACACUCACACACACUGCACCCCUGACACUCACACACACACACACACUGCACCCCUGACACUCACAUCACCCUCACACACUGCACCCCUGACAAGCACAGCACCCUCACACACUGCACCCCUGACACGCACAGCACCCUCACACACUGCACCCCUGACACGCACAGCACCCUCACACACACACUGUACGUCUGACCCUCACAGCACACACACUGCACGUCUGACCCUCACAGCACCCUCACACACACACUGCACGUCUGACCCUCACAGCACACACACUGCACGUCUGAGACUCACAGCACCCUCACACACACACACACACACACACUGCACCCCUGACACGCACAGCACCCUCACACACUGCACAUCUGACACAGCACAAACAAAAUGCACCCCUAACACUCAGAGCACCCUCACACACACACACUGCACCCCUGACACACACAGCACACACACUGCACCCCUGACACUCUCAGCACCCUCACACACACUGAACGUCUGACACUCACAGCACACACAAAAUGCACCCCUAACACUCACAGCACCCUCACACACACACAUUGCACCCCUGACACGCACAGCACACACACUGCACCCCUGACACUCACAGCACCCUCACACACACACACUGCACCCCUGACACGCACAUCACACACCCUCACUUACACACACUGCACCCCUGACACUCACAGCUUCCUCACAUGCAUACACUGCACUCUCACACACAGCUUCCUCACAUGCACAUAGCACCCUCAUGCAAACACAGCACCCACUCACACACAGCACACACACACUGCACCCAUCACACACACAGCACCCUUACCCACAUAGCACCCUCACGCAAACGCAGCACCCAUCACUCACACACACACUACACCCCUUACACACACACACACACACACACAGAGCACCCUCACACACACUGCGCAAUAUGCUUUCCUGGCAUUUUUGUCUCCUGGUAUCCCAACUAUGGAGACACCAGAAACAAAUUUCAAGCAAACACAGUGCAAGCAUGUUAUUAAAUUUGCUUGCGCUGUGCAGAACAAAUACAGGGUAUUUUUCUCAUGCCAGAGCUCUUCAGCAGAGCUCUGCGCAUGGUCUACCCUGGAAGAGCAUUGAACCAACAUGCUCACUUUGUGAUGGGGCGUGCUUGUCAUUGGUGAUGACAAAACACACCCUAUCUGGCCCCGCCCCCUUUUUAGUGGGCUGCUGUAAUUAAAAAAUGCCCGGGCCGAAUUUUCUUCCCAGUCCGGCCCUGACUGUGUCUAUACAGAGUCUACCUUGCUAACCCACACCUACAACAUUUCAUAUGGACAGAGAGCAGUACUUUAAUUGUAAUCAGGGGCUGGGCUGGUCUGAGAAAUUUUUCAGGAUUUACUAAUAAUUUAUACAAUAAAAUGUAAUUUAUAACAAGAACAAUGUAUGUUAUUUACACAGAAUGAUUUCUAAACACAUUUAUUUAUAAAGACACAAACCUGGGAGUAUUUUUGCUGUGGAGCUCUGUUAUACACUCAGACACAUUACUGGGAGUAUUAUUGCUGUGGAGCUCUGUUAUACACUCAGACACAUUACUGGGAGUGUUAUUGCUGUGGAGCUCUGUUAUACACUCAGACACAUUACUGGGAGUAUUAUUGCUGUGGAGCUCUGUUAUACACUCAGACACAUUACUGGGAGUAUUAUUGCUGUGGAGCUCUGUUAUACACUCAGACACAUUACUGGGAGUAUUAUUGCUGUGGAGCUCUGUUAUACACUCAGACACAUUACUGGGAGUAUUAUUGCUGUGGAGCUCUGUUAUACACUCAGACACAUUACUGGGAUUAUUAUUGCUGUGGAGCUCUGUGAUACACUCAGACACACCAACAAUAUGACAUUAGGAUAGAAAAGGGAUUUGGGUCCAAAAUAGGGACUGUCCCUUCUAAAUAGGGACACUUGGGAGCUAGCCACACAUCAUCCAGUCACUGUAGGAGCAUUAACACUAAUCUGUUUUAUACCCAGAAAUCCACACAUAUAGAGAGAGUCACACAUCAAGCUGUGCUACCAUUUAAUCAGUCUGGUUCAUGUGCUGUGAACUAGUGAAGUGAUAAUUUUUUACCUCCCAUGAAAUAUUUAGUAAAUUAUAUAACAUUAUCCAGUGUGGAGUUCAUGGCAGAGACUUGAUCAUUUAAGUAUUUAAAUCUUAUUAUUGACAGCUAUAAAGUGAUAUAAUCUUCCUGUUUAAUCAACAGGUUCGUUCAUGCUCCGUAUUGACCUAGCGGAUUUUGAGGGAAAUUCAACGUAUGCUACGUACAGAGACUUCUACAUUGAAAAUGAGUCUGAUAAUUAUGUUCUGCGUUACAGCAGCUAUGCUGGUGGUACUGCAGGUAACAAUUUGAAAUUAGGUGCCUAUUGUUAAUAAUGAUACAAUAACGUGAGGCAGUUUAAACGACCACGGUGUGUCCACUUAAUCGCAAUGAUGUAUCUCAAUGAAGUGGUCAAUGAGAUUGUGCUGAAUUAAUAAAAACACCUCUGCAGACUGUCAAACUCGGUUUUCAAACUAACGCUGCUCACAGAGUGUGUUUGAUUGGAGCAAAGAGGGAUUUUUUGCUGUACAUGCUUAUCUCGUCCCCAAUGCUUCCCUAAAAGAACAACUGAAUUGGAAGAGAUAGUGGAAGACGUCUGCAGGCAUUCUGAUGAAGGAGGAGAAGGAGUUGACAGCUGUAGCAGAGGUUAACUUUUAUUUAACUUAACUUUUUAGCAGCAAAAGGGGGUGGACAGACGUCCCAACAAUAGAAGGGAACUUAUCAUGAAUUUUUUUUUGGGGGUGGGGACUAUAAAUUCCCUUUAAUUAGAGUCUUCAAAUAUGUAAUUUAAUACGACUUUGAAAUCCUGAGAGUGCAAGAGGAAUCCUGAACAUCUCUCACUGGAGAAAUAUUAAUAAUAAGGACCGACUGGGACAUGAUUUAACUUGUCCUCUUCUUUAUGGCUGUUUAUUGACCAUGUCAAUAUGCUCUUCUCUGUUAUUUAGGUAAUUCCUUGGGAAUUGAAAAAAAUCAGGCAUUCUCAACGAAAGAUCGAAACAAUGACAAGUCUCCUAAAAACAUGGAAAGCUGCGCCAAUUACUUCAAAGGAGGCUGGUGGUUUGAGUCUUGCCAUUUUUCCCACCUGAACGGGGAAUACCUGAAAGGUCCCCACAAAAUCAAGGGUAAAGGAAUCAUCUGGCACUCUUUCCACGAUAGUUUCUACUCGUUAAAAGCCACCGAAAUGAAAUUCCGUCCUGAGAAGUGA